AUGGUUACUGACACUGAUAGUGGACUAAUGGACAAAUUAAGUUCUAAAGAAUAUAAAAUAUUGGUCAAAGAACCUCUUGACAGAGAAAUAAGGGACCACUACAAAGUAUCUAUUGUGUGUCCUGACAUGGGGUCACCUCAACUAGAAAGUAAAAAAUAUUUCUCUGUCAAAGUAACUGAUGUCAAUGAUGUAGAACCACAUUUUACCAAAGAGACAUUCCAAUUCCUCACCUAUGAAAACCAGAAAGUUGACUUCCCUAUUGGCUUCAUCAAUGCUACAGACCCUGAUCUUGGAGAUGGAGGCCAACUUACAUAUUCUAUCAUCAAUGAUAACAACAAUGAUAACAUUCCUUUCCAACUGACAAAAUAUGGAUUUAUUUCUACUUCACAAUCAAUAGAUCGAGAAGUUAAAGACAUCUUUGAGUUCCAGUAUGUCCACUACCAUCCACACAGUAAGAAGGACAUCACAAUUCUGAAAGCAUCUGACAAAGACACUGGAAACAAUGCUUUCCUCACAUAUGGAAUACUGAGAUCCAAUGAUAAAAACCUGUUUACAGCUAACUCACACACUGGUGUGUUAUCUUUCUCUCGCACAGUUUACCAAAAUGAUGCAGGAACAUAUGAGCUCCAGUUUAUAGUGAAAGACGGUGGUACACCAGUUCAAUCAGCAACAACUGCUAUCAUACUAACACUGUUUGUUAGUAAUGAUACAUCUCCAAUGUUGACUGCUGUGCCAUUCCAGUCUGGUCACGACCUGAAUAUGACUUGGGACAAUUAUGCUCAAUUAUUAGGAAUUGUAAAAGAUAGAACUAUCAAUUGUUACAAUUGCAAUUGGUUAACACAGCAUUAUUGUCUUGUGAUUUGUGGUGAGCUAAUUCUGAAAGUGAGAGUGAAAAGAGAAAUGUCUGUAAAAUAUUGUUUCUGUAAUAGUUCUGUGGAAAUCAGUGCAUACUUUCUGGCACCAGAGUUCAGCAAGUUAAGGUUGUUAUCAGUAUUAAUUUGCACACCUUCCUUAAGUGCUAAACCUUCAGCAAUAUUCCUUGUAGCCGAUUUAAGAAGAUUUGGUGGAACUUCUAUUCAUCUCUGGUAUGAUGACCUCACCCUCAACUUGUGA